AUGUUCCAGUGCACCGACCCUCCCAGGACACCGAUGAAGUUUGAUAAUGGAGCAGAUAACACGAGUCUGUGCAGGAGGUUCCUCUGCAGCUGCAGCCUUACAACAAGUCACAUGACUUACAGAAAGUGAGCUACAAGACUCCGUCCAGAGAAGAAGAAACUCUGCCGCAGAGCUCACUUUCCUGUCAGACUUCACUCCACCAGAACCUUCAGCAACAGACUUGACUUCUGUUUUCUGCUCUCUGUUUGGAGGAUCAGGAGGACCCAGAGACCGCCUUCAUGUCGACCGCUGACCUGCUGCUGGAGCUGAUUUUCUCCUGGAUCGAGCAGAGGGAGCUCUGUGCAGAGCAGCUGAGGAAACUGGCCCAGGAGCUGGAGUCGCUCAGGGAGAAAUGCAACGGUGGGCAAUGUGUUGGCAGCACAGUGUCGGUGAUUGGUGCCGCAUGUCUGAUCGGGGCCGGCUUGACCACAUUGUUGACCGCCGGAGCAGCUGGUCCAGCUCUAGGUGCGGUAGGAGCAGCAUAUACAGGUAUAGGUCUCACCGUAUCUGUGGCUGCCCAAAUCAUUGAGCACUUCGUAUCCAGUGACACCAUGAAAGAGGCGCAGAAGAUUGAAAAAAAGAGCAACGAAAUUGAAGAAAAAAUUCAGAAACUGUUCCAGCAGCUGAAGGCGGAGAGGGAGGAGGUGAGUUCCUUCCCAGACCCAGAUGAAGUGGACCGACACAUCAUGACUGAGGUUCUGAGAGCCGUGGCCAGACGAAGUGGACUGAAGCAGAAGACUGUUGACCGGAUACUCAUCCGCGCUCAUGAGGACACCUUUGUUUUGGAUGUAGGACCCAGAAUCAGGCUCGGGCAGACUGUUGAAGUGAUAGCUGUACUUGUUGUUUUAACAUUUUUCACAUUCAAACUUAGUGGGAAAAAAUACAAACUUGUAUUCACUAAAGCAGCUGAACAACUCAUCAAAACAAUGACUUCAACUGGAUUUAAAACAGCCCUGAAAGGAGGUGCCAUGGUUGCGGGAGGAGCUGUUGGUCUGGCGUUUGCACUUCCUGAGGCAAUUGACAACUGGAAAGAGCUGAUCAAGAACAAUCACGUGACUGAAGCGAGCCAAUCACUGAGAGAUACAGCUGACGCUCUUCUAAAGAUCAGCCGGACACUGAGGGAACAGCUGAACAACAUGAAGAAGAUGUUUGACGAGAUGGCUAAACGUGAACGAGAACAUGAGGAAAAACUUUCCAGAGAGAAAGAAAAAAAGGAAGAAGAAAAGAGGAGAAACCAGAAGAAAGCAUUUAUUUUUUUAUUUAUUUUUUUAUUUUUUUAUUUUUUUAGAGUCUGCAUUCGCAGUGAAGACACCGACCAAACACCUCCCACAGCAAUAAGGAUGGGGUUGCUCAAUGUUCGGUCGAUGAAUAACAAACCAUCCAGGAUCAGAGAGCUCAUAUCGCAAAACAACCUGGACGUCUUUGCCACAACAGAGACGUGGUUAAAUGACGACACCGGAGACGCAGUCCUCAGUGAGGCUUCACCAGAAAACUUCAGAUUUUAUCACGAGACGAGGGGCAGUAGAGGGGGAGGGGUAGCGCUUCAGUUCUCGCAGCAGCUGCGGGGUGAACAAAUUCAUUUUGACGUCACAGUAACAUUUGAAUAUGUUGCCGCAGCUCUGCAACACGAUGAGUGGGACGAACCUGUCCUGAUCAUCAAUGUGUAUCGUCCACCGGGGGACAAAUUGAACCAAUUACGUGCAUUUCUGGAUGAGUUUCAAAGGCUCUUGAAUGAAGUUUUUAAAAAGUACAACAGCAUCAUUGUGACUGGUGAUUUCAAUAUCUGGGUUGAUCGUAUGAAGAUGUCCUCUGUGGAGUUUGAUUUUUUUGUGUUGAUCAAUAACCUCGAUCAGCAUGUACAGGAGCCAACACACAGCAGAGGUCACACUCUGGAUCUGGUCCUCACCAGAAAUGUUCAAAUCUCUGGUCUCACAGUCAGGAAUGAUGGGAUAUCAGAUCAUUACACUGUAUAUUUCAAUGCAAGGCCAGUGUCAAAAGACACGAAGGAGAAAACUGAAGAAGAAAUCGAUCAAGACGAGCAGAUAAAACGAUUGAAACGCAGAGAAGAAUGAACAACAGCGUGGAGGAUUCAGGAGGAUCUGUUGGCACAAAUGUUUUCAUAGAAUAUAAUCAGCUCAUACCUUAGAAUGAGUCUUUGUAUCCGCAGACGGAGCAGCUCCACCUCCAGCAUGAUGCACCGCCACGUUUCUACAGGAGCCCAGAACAGACCAUAAACACUGAGUGUACAGAAAGACUUUCACAUUUUACAGGAGUUUCAGGUCCACUGCAGGCUCUCCUACACAAGGGAGGGUGAGGUGAGGCUGUUCAGUUGGUUGCAAUCUGCAGUCCCACCAUUAGAUGCUCCCCCAUCCUGCAGAGUGGACCUUCAACAUACUGAACUGUCUUAUAUUACUGUGUCACGAAAAAACAAAUCACACAGCUUAUUGUGGCUCUGUGUACUUCCUGAAUUAAACAACUUUUACAUUUUUACAGAGCGGAAGUGCACUUCAUAUUAAUAUAGAGCAACUAAAUGAAAUGUUUUUCAAUAUUAUUGUAAACAUUACUGUAAAAACCAGAGUGUGUCGCAGGAUUGACCUUAGUUCAGUCCAACAAAAAACGGGCGGUGCCAGUCAGAGUCACGUCUGACAAAAAAAUAAUUAGAAAUCAAAAACAA